CGCGAGCUGCAGGCGCUUUUUAAAGCAACGCAAUUAAAAGAUCUUUAAUUGUGUUGGCCGACAUCAUACAAAAAACUGAAUCUACAGUGCUAAUAAACUAAACAAACAAUAAUUUAAACGCUGACCAACUUUAAUCCCAAGAUGAGUUCCACCUUUGAACAACAUUUGGAGGAGAUUGUCUCUGAUCUUUACGGCACAUCAAACCAUUAUGAUUUUGCCGUCGUUCGGGAUUUUAUAAUGAAUGAAAUAGUGAUGGAUAAUGAUUUGCUGAACUCUACGUGCCAGGUAGAAACCCUACAUUUUGGCAGCAGACCUCUGGGAAUCCAUUGCCCAGGCAGCGAUUACGAUGUGAUGAUGGUGCUGGAGUUUCCCUCUUACGAAGAUAUAAUCGUGCGCCCGGAUCAACAUCGUCCGGGGAUGGUGCAUUUGGACUUCAAGGAUGCGUCAUUCAACAGUUUCACCGAGGACACGUUGCUCGAUAACCGUUGGUAUCUCAAACGCGAUGAGGUGCAAACUUGGAUAAAGGGCAUCCUGAUGAAUGCCCACGGUCGCACGGUAUAUGGCAGGUACAAUGAUCUUUACGAACUGCGCUAUAAACGUCGACAGACUAGCCACACCAUCACCGCGGAAUCGGAGAACUGUACGUUCUCCAUCGACUUUGUGCCAGCCAUCAAGAUUCACUUUGAUGGCUACGACUGGCAAGCAGUACCCAAAUAUGCACCGGGACCAAAACGGUCGCACGGAUGCACCUUUAUGGUGAGCGAUAUUAGAUCGGAGAUAUAUCACAUCACAAACGGUGGUGAGAAUAUCCAGGACGCCAUUGUGUUGCUAAAGGCACUGUGCGAGGCAAAGGGACUGCCCAAGAUUCGCAACUACCAUUUGGUUUCCACGGCCAUCAACUACAUCCUCAGUGACGAUUUCGACGAUGAUUCUUCGUUGGAAUAUGUCUUUCUGGAUCUGCUAUACAAUCUAGCCGAUGCUUUUAACGACCAUGACCUCCCGUACGCCAUUUACGGGGAUCUAGAUCUGCUCUCAAACUUUACACCGGAAAAGGUCAUCGAAUAUGCCGAUGUUUUGAACAGCACAUACAGGACUCUCAAAACAUAUCCUGGACAAUACAACCUUUCAUAUGAGCGCUGCAGCUGGCACUUUUAUGGCGAUGAUGACGAUGAAGAAUAAGGCUUUUAUCAGUUUUAUAAA